AGCGAGCGCUCAUCUCCAUACAGUCACAGUGAACUGCGGGGGCUGUCGGAGCGGUCCUUGAGAGCGGAAAGAGCCGCUUAAGUUGGAUUUGAAUCCAACUAAUAUCGACUUUCGACAAUCGCUUUUCAUUUGUUUUCGCCCUUUAUCCUGCGGAAUUGGACGCUGGGAACUUUUUGUGGAGUUUGGAAAGCCAGCCCCAUUCUUCUAUCCGACAUGGACUGUCUGAGAGCCGCUUCAGAAAGCGACUGACCGGUGUUCAUUCACUCUUCACGGGAAUGCAGGCGUGAACUUGCCCACGGGGACUUAUUUUUUUUUAUUAUAAUUAAAUGUUUGAUGAAGUGCUUCAAAGUUUUGGCCAAUUAUCGGACGCGGUGGAUUUAUCCGUCUCAGGCGCGACAAGACGCUCGUGGUCCCGGGUCGAAGACAAGAGGGGUGUUCGCUGGUAAAGUUGCGGGGAAAACAUGGAGACUGUAAGUCGGCAGAGCUUCCAGCCUCAUCCGGGACUGCAACAAACUCUCAAGCAGUUUCACCUCAGCUCUAUGAGCUCGCUAGGGGGGCCGGCUGCCUUUUCUGCCCGCUGGCAACAUGAGCUUCUUUUCAAGAAGGACGGGAAGGAGCCCGAGCCGGUCCUGCAGCAUCUGCCGCCGCCAGUGAUGCCCGGGCCGCUCUUCAUCCCGUCGGACCGCUCCACGGAGAGGUGCGAGACGGUCCUGGAAGGCGAGACCAUCUCGUGCUUCGUGGUCGGAGGGGAGAAGCGCCUGUGUCUUCCCCAGAUCCUCAACACGGUGCUGCGGGACUUCAGCCUGCAGCAGAUCAACUCUGUGUGCGACGAGCUGCACAUCUACUGCUCCCGGUGCACCGCCGACCAGCUGGAGAUCCUCAAAGUCAUGGGGAUCCUGCCCUUUUCGGCGCCCUCCUGCGGCCUCAUCACCAAGACGGACGCCGAGCGGCUGUGCAACGCGCUCAUCUACGGGGGCGCUUAUCCGCCUCGCUGCAAGAAGGAGGCAAGCAGCGGAGGAGCGCUGGAGCUGGAGCUCACCGAGAGGAGCUUCAAAAUCUACCACGAGUGCUUCGGCAAGUGCAAGGGCUUGUUCGUUCCCGAGUUGUACACCAGCCCCAACGCAGCGUGCAUCCAGUGCAUGGACUGCAGACUCAUGUACCCCACGCACAAGUUCGUGGUGCACAGCCACAAGGCGCAGGAGAACAGGACUUGCCACUGGGGCUUCGACUCGGCCAACUGGAGGGCCUACGUCCUCCUGGGCCAGGAUUACACGGGCAAGGAGGAGAAGAGCCGCCUGGAGCAGCUCCUGGACGAAAUCAAGGAGAAGUUUGAUUUCGCCAACAAGUACAAGAGGAAACUAUCGUCCAGGGUGCCGGAUCCCAUUCCAGUCAAAAAGCUCAAACAUGAAGACAUCCCAAUACAAUCUCCUUUGGCUGACAAAGAGAAGCAGCAUGACUGGCUACAGUCCCUCUCCAACCCCAAUAAGGGCUUCAACUGCAUUCAGCCGAGACAGAGGCCGUCAGCUUUUCGACCGUGGUCGCCGCACAUCUCUGCCGGUGAUAAAGAACUCUCCAUUCACCCCCUCGCUCUGCUAAGAGACAACUUCUACAACUACAAGAGCCUGGAGAAUGCUGUGGCCCCCAACGUUGCCCUCACACCACUGCCCCUGGGAAAGGUGGGCCCAAUGUCCCCGUCAGUCCCCAGCACGUCGCACCCGAGCGGAGGGGAACCCCCGGGCGAGGGCGCCAACGCCAGCUCGAGACCUCGCAAGAGAAGAGUCACAGGGGAGUUCCAGCCUCCAGCACCUGAAGGGGCUUGCUCCCUUACCUCCACUGCCAGCAAGCCACCUCAGGAUGACUCAGAGGUGGAGAUUGAAGUGGAGAGCCGUGACGAGUUCACAUCAUCCUUGUCCUCCCUGUCGUCACCAUCUUUCACUUCAUCCAGCUCAGCCAAGGACCUGAGUUCACCCGGCGUCGUCGGCCCCAUCUGCAACGUGACGACAGAGGGCGUUACCCCGGUGGCUGCUCCCGUCUCGGCCCCCAUGGCCCCUCCAGAACUGGGGCUGGAGUCCGAGUUGGAGAGCCUGCGGCAGGCGCUGGACCAUGGGCUGGACUCCAAAGAGUCAAAGGAGAGGUUCCUGCAUGAGAUUGUUAAGAUGAGGGUUAAGCAAGAGGAGAAGCUGGGAUCCGCCCUGCAGGCCAAACGCAGUCUUCAACAGGAGCUGGAGUUCUUGCGCGUCGCAAAAAAAGAGAAAUUGCGAGAGGCGACCGAGGCCAAGCGAAAUUUGAGGAAGGAAAUCGAGCGCCUGAGAGCUGAGAGCGAGAAGAAGAUGAAGGAAGCCAACGAGUCGCGGAUCCGUCUGAAGCGGGAGCUCGAGCAGGCCCGCCAGCUGAGGGUUUGCGAUAAAGGCUGCGAGGCCGGACGUCUGCGUGCAAAAUACUCGGCACAGAUCGAAGACCUCCAGAUGAAGCUGCAGCACGCCGAAGCUGACCGCGAGCAGCUCCGAGCCGACUUAUUGCAAGAGCGGGAGGCCAGGGAGCACUUGGAGAGGGUGGUCAAAGAGCUACAGCAGCAACUUUGGCCCAAAUCCAACAGCGACAAAAACUUGACAGCCAAGGACACGCUGUCAAAAAAGUAAUCCAGUAGCCAAGUCCCUCACGCCCCCUCCGUCCCCACAUCCGGCGCAGAGAUUCCCGACACUUCCCGCAAGAAUGGAGAACGGUCAUCUGGAGAAAUUCCACGCCCGCCCCCAACGAGGAAGUGCGCCGCUUGAACUCUGACUCUCACCUUCAUCCUUGCAGAACUGAAAAGUUGAUCACAAGAGUGAUUGCGUCUGUCUCAAGACAGGUUGGACAGUCGGUGACAGGAAAUGGAUCAGAAUAUUUUAGUCAAAGGGGAAAUGCCUCCUCGUUGCUCCCUCGAGGACGGAAGAUUUUCAAGACAUGAUAAGCUACAUAGACUAUGACAAAUAAAUCCCAAGAUGAACAAUACAAACAUAUGAACUAUCCACACGUGCCGUCAUGUUUUUUUUUCUUUUUUCUGAAUUCUUGCUUUUAAGCAACCCAACUGACAGGGAGGACAUAAUCAAGUCAUGUGUUAUUUCAAAUGUCUUCACGCAAUGAGCACAAGCGCUUGCAAAAUGAUGUCAUCGCAGUUUUUUAACGGGGUGGGAGGGGCACCGCACUUGAUUUGGAAUAAUCCAACUCUAUCCAUCGGUCUUUGUCCCCAAUGUCGCUCACGUGGGUCACCAGCCAGCCAUAUUUGCGUUGAAGCAUUUGGGGUCAACGCCCAGAGGUGUCGAAUCUACUACAGAUACAAUAUUCCACAGGUGGGCGUGGCCUAUUUUUCUCAUCUCGAUACAGAGGAGUGAGAAAGCUGGCAUCUAUCGGACUUUGAUUCAUCCGUAUAUCACAACUUUAUGAACUGUAUCGGAAGAACCACAAAUGUUCAUGAAAUUAAGGUUUGUAAAUAUAUAUCGACUUUUGGACUUAACAAUAAUGAAUGGCACUUUGUCCUAACAACAAACUGUUUGUAUGCGUUGUAAUCCAAUUUUUGUCUUAUUUUGAAAACAUCAUCUUAUACAUGAAUGCUACCGUAUACAAUUUUGUUGCUUAUAUUCAUUCUCUAUUAAGUAUUGUUCUGUUUACGCGAGGCAAAGUAUUGUAAAUAAACCGAAAGAAAAACAAGGCUCUACCUGUUACUGCCUGAUUGACGAAAAUCGCUCGAGCUCGCCGAAACGUACAAACCGUUGACAAAUCAAGAGGAGGGGCGGGCGAACUUGAUGAUGUCAUAGUUUGUGGCCUUGAAAGAGGCAACAUUGCUUCGCUGGACUGGGAAGGGAUGUGAGGAAAAUCUAUUUUGUUCGAUCCAGUGCAAGCCCAGCACCAUGGCAACACUUUUUGUUGUUGUCCCCCCCCCCCUAUUAAUUUGUCAUCAGUCUGUAUGUUAGUAGGGAGAUUUAUUAAAAAAAAAAAAAAGGAAAAAAAAACUGCACAAACAAUCACAUUUGGAUUUUUAUUUAAAAAAAAAAAAAAGACAUUGGCAGGAAGAUGCCAUUGCAGUGGGUACAAUGCAAUCAGAAUGUACAUUAUGUUAAUGCUUAUUUUUGCUUUGAUUGUUAAUGUUUGAAAUGAGAUAUUUUAUUGAGUGUGUUAUGUUCACUUUUUUUUUAAGAAACAAAAAAAGAAAAGUCAUACUUUUUGUUUAUGCAUGAAAGUGAAAACUUGCCAUUCAUAUCGUCAACUAUUGGGCAUUUACAGUGUACUUACUGUUCAUGUGAGGAGUUUAUUGUGAUAUGCAAUUUGAAGCAAUUUGUCUUUUCUACCAAGCGUCAUCGGUCACUAAAAGCAACAAGCUGUGCAUAGAAAGCAAACAAACAAAAUAAUAAUAAUUCAAAAAAUAUAUCAAAUGCAAUGCUGGACAACCUCAAGUGCCUGACACUGGCGUAAGGUUUCCAGAAGGGGAAAGCUGAAGAAGUAGCUUCAAGGUGGGGGGGGGAGACAACUACUUUAUAGGGGUGGGGGAAUUAAAAAAAAGUCUCUCCCUUUCUCAGCAGCUCUUUUUUUUAAAAAUCUGCCAUCCAAGUACAACCACUUUACAUGUUUUAUUCCUAAGUCAGAGAGCAAUUUAACAAUCAAUAUGAACACGCAAAGCUUUUUUUUUCCCCCCCACAGAGUGCGUUCUCUUUAUUCUUCAUUUGGAAUCCAUGAUGUGCAUGAGCAAAACACUUUUAUAGAUGAUCUUUUUGGGGUGGGGGGGAUAAAGCCACUUGCUUUGGUAAGUUGUUGCAAAAGGCUUGUACAUAAAAGAGUUUUGUGGACAGGCUGUCCUAAGGCGUGCGUGCAUGUUGAGGAGAAGAAAAAUUAUUAGUGUAGAAAAAAGGCCAGCUCAGGUCCAAGUGAAACUCUCGCUCAGAGAACGACACUGCGCCUGCCACGCCCACAAAUUGAUACAUUUUCUAGUUGCUUUUACACUCUAAAAAAGUUGUGUGUAAUUUUUUUGAUGCAUGUUUUUCUACAAGGGAGACGACUGACAUUGGCCUUUCCGUCUACCCGUACAAAGUAAGAACGGGGUCUUGUUUUCAAAAGGAUUUUUUUUGCCAGAAGAGCAAUAACAAUCCAUAUUAAUAAACAAAUCCUUGCCAGUGUAACAAUUUGAAUAUGAAUUUGCAACAUGUAAAUAUAUUUUUCAUUAACAAUAUUGUAUAAUAGAUGUACAUGGUGUUUCCUUUUUUCAAAAUGAAAUCUUUUCUUACUAUAGAUGGCUUGUUUUAUUGUUUUUGUUUUUUUUAUUUGUGUUUGGAAAUGUUUCAAAAACAGUUCAUGCAGUGCGUAAGAGACGAUUCCUUUCAUCUAAUUCUUUGCUGGUUUUUUUUUUUUUACUGUAGUCUUUGUAUUGCAUUUCUUUUCACCAGUUCUUAUAUUUUUAGCUAUAUAUUCUCACACACACACACCGUCAUGUUAAAGAUUGUCCCCCAACAUCCUUUUGUAUCUCUUUCGCCCUGUGCUGCUGCUAAUGCUCUAUAAAACUUGUAGAAAUAUUUUUGAUGUAAGAGGCAAAAUGGAAGCUCUAUCAUUGUUGAAUGCCGCCGCAUAUGCAGUACGAAAAGCUCCGCCCACUCAUGUGAUCCCCUCGUUUUUCCCAACAGCACCCCUCUCGCACGACACCGACAAUAUUGUAAAGUAAAGGACUUGAUGAGAUUAUGUUUGAAAAUAGCAAUGCUUAUAUACUGCAGUGACUGAAUGUACAGUGUAUAGAUGCAUUACCAGAAAUAAAGUUGUUUGUCCACAUUGAA